AUGAAUCACACAUUCAUCGUCGCGAAGGUUCCUAAACAAAACUCUCCGAUGUUAUACUCACCGAAGAAUACCAAGCCCGAGGCUAUGGGGGUUAUCAAGGUCGACUGGCAGGCGCUGACGCCGACAAUAGUAUUAACAACGUUGGCGUUGGUGGCAGUUGCACUAAGAUUCUAUACCCGAGCAGUGUUGGCAAGAAGGGUAAUGGUGGAGGAUUGGUGCAUACUGUUUUCGCUGACAUUGUCUAUCGCAAUGGCGUCUCUCAUUAGCGUCGAAUUUCACGUCGCAACGGCAGGAUGGGAAACUGAGAAAGCUGCUCUUGCGGUACUCUCGAAGUUAACUUUAGCACAGCUCAUCCUCACAAGUAACGUCUUGUAUCAGACGCUAGUCAAUGUCACGAAGACCGCCUUCGUCUUGCAGUACCUUCGCAUCUUCCAAUAUCGACUGUCCAAAAUUUUCUGCAUUGUCUUGCUCAUUAUCCUGCUGGGGGCUGCAUGCUGGGGUGUUUUCGGAAGCAUAUUUAUCUGUCGUCCUUUCUUCAAGUACUGGAAGCCUGGAGUCGAAGGAAGGUGCAUGAACAUCAACUCGUACUGGCUGUCCACUGCCUGCAUCGGUGUAAUCAUGGAUUUUGUCGUCUGGUUCUAUCCCAUGCCAUUGAUCUCGAGCCUACGUCUACCAAUGAGACAAAAGGCUAGUGUCAUGGGGGUCUUCGCGCUUGGUGGUUUCGUCUGCAUCGUGAGCAUUCUACGGCUCGCCCUUGUCCAGAUAUAUGCUGCUAAGCAACAGACAGAGAAAUCGGGCGCCACUCUAAUCGUGUGGUCGGCAGUCGAGGCAAAUGUCGGGAUCAUCUGCGCUUCUCUCAUGGCCUUGAAGCCGCUGUUGGCUAAGUUUUUCCCCAGGUUUCUUGAUGUGAGAAGAUCGUCCAAAAAACACCUCAAACUACGCACCAUGUCUCAGCAAGACAGUUGCGGAUUUUGGGGCCAUACUUGCGACACAAGAUGCGCGGCUUCGAGUCGGGACAGUCGGGUGCCGCCGCCUGCUGCGGUGGAGAGUAUUUUGAUCACUAGGAACACUCUUCUGAGAGAGGAUAUUAGCAGAGAGGAUAUUGAGUUUUUGAAGAGACAAGACACUAUGCUGGAAGAAGGGUCAGAGGAUCAUGUGCGGGGUUUGACGCUUGGUCCGUUCUUGUCAGAGAACGGUUCAAGUACGGUAUGAGGGGAGGAGCUGCAUUCAAUACGUAAACCGAUGAAGACUGAUUUCGACCGCGCCUCUCUCUGAAUAGUUUGGUUAUCCACGAAUAGUCUGCUCACCCAUGUGAAGUUAAAGCUGCUUAGGUAUAUGACUUACUUUUGUAUCCUCAUAAAUACACUCUUCCGUAACCCUGUAAAGAGCCUUAGGGCAAAUUCAGA